AUGCCCGACGCCCCGACGGUUCCAUUUUCCGCCGCGCGGUAUGCAUUAGGAUACAUUAUAGUGAAAUAUCAGCUGCUCACGUGGCGUAAAAACGGUGCCACAUUUCACACCGACAAUGACGGAUGCUCGCCGAUAACACGAAAGGAAACGGCGAAGCGUACGCGAAUCAUUGGGACGCGGCGGCUAAGUCCUCCUAUUAGGGAGAAGUCGCGUAACGUCACGCUGCGCAUAACGGCCUUUUAUCGUGCUUUCGACAACUUGCGCGCGCGCAAAGACGCAUUGACAGUCGGCUUGAGGGCACAGACCCCAGUGGCUUGGAGCCAGCCGCAACCGCGUCGGCCGAGACACGAGUACCGUUGCCUCGAGAGUGGGAGCGAGGUCGAACGC